AUGGCGUCCGCCUACUCCUCCUACGAAUUCAUGCGGGUGACCUUUCCCUCGCCCUUUGUCGCACAUCUCGAAAUCAACCGCCCUGCAAAACUGAACGCCUUCUCGAGAGCAGUGUGGCUUGAAUUCGGCCGUGUGUUCCGCCAGCUUAGCGAUGAUUCGGACGUGCGGGUUGUGGUGUUGAGCGGCGCGGGCGAUAGGGCUUUUACGGCGGGUUUGGAUGUUUCGGCUGCGAGCUCUGAGGGGCCGUUGUCUGGAGAGGGGGGGGAUCUGGACCCCGCGAGGAAGGCGAAGGCUUUGAGGGGGCAUAUUGAGGAGUUUCAGACUUGUAUUUCCGAGAUGGAGAAGUGUGAGAAGCCGGUGAUCUGUGUCCUCCACGCCGUCUCGCUAGGUCUCGCCAUCGACAUCUCGUGCUGCGCGGACGUCCGUCUCGCGGCCUCGAAUACCCGCUUCGCCGUCAAGGAGGUGGACAUUGGGCUCGCGGCGGAUAUCGGCACGCUGGCUCGUCUACCCAAGAUUGUGGGCUCUACGUCGUGGGUCAAGGACGUAUGCAUGUCUGCCAGGGACUUUGACGCUCGCGAGGCGCUGCAGGUCGGCUUCGUGAGCCAGGUGCACGAGGAUAAGGAGCGGACGGUGCAGGCGGCGCUGGAGAUGGCAGGCCGGUUGGCGGAGAAGAGUCCCGUUGCGGUGCAGGGCACGAAGGAGCUUUUGAAUUAUGGGAGGGAGAAUGGCACGGCGGCGGCGCUGAGAUAUACGACUAUUUGGAAUUCGGUGGCGCUGCAGGCGGGUGAUGUGCCGAGUGCGUUGAUGAGUGUGUUUUCGAAGAAGAAGCCUACGUUUGAGAAGUUGUAG